UAACCCUGGACUGGCGGAAAUGCAAAGUAGUCAAACAAAAUAUAAUCUCAGCCAUGUCAUUGUCAAAACCCCAAACAACCGAACCGAACCAUCCCGACUACUGCAUGUUUUGCAGUCAAAUAAUUAGGCUCGGUGAACGAGCAGAACUUUUUGGUUAAAAGUCUCUGAGAUGAUGAAGUACGAAGCGCUCGUUUUUACCGUGUCUGCUCUGGUUGUUUUGGGGGUUGCCGACGCCUUCCCCGACGGUGCUUCUCCCAGGGCGUGCGUGGACAUGGUGCCAGGUCACAGCAGCACCACGGAGCCUGGCAGGGUGAUAUCGCCCCAGGAAUCCAUCAGUCCGUACAGCGUGGUGGCCCGGGGGGAUGGGUACACCCCAGGCGGGACCGUCAGUGUCUCAAUCCUCGCCGAACCCAGCAACAUCACCUUCCAAGGUUUCCUCCUGCAAGCCCGCACCCUGACCAGCCUGGACCCGGUGGGCACCUUCCUGGCCGGUACAGACGGGGCGAGCAGGCUCUUGACCUGCAACGUCACCGGGGACUCGAUCACCCACACCGGGCCUGGGGUGAAACGGUCCGGUAUGACCCUCACGUGGCAGGCGCCGACGGAGAGUGUCGGGAACAUCCGAUUUCUACUGUCAGUUGCUCGGAAUCACGACGUGUACUGGGUCAGGAUGGAAUCGAAUACACUCUCUGCAUCGGCCUCUCUGUCAGCAGUCACCAUGCCAAUCCUCGUUUUCCUCCUUGGUGUAACCAUGGCAACAAGCAACUAAAUAGGACGUGGAUUGAAGAGCACUGGACGUCCCCGGCCGGCCUGCGAUUUUUUUUUCUUCUACCAAACGACAUCCGCAUAUGGGUGUACGCUAUGGCGUUUUGGACUUAACUUUUCUAAAAACACGAGAAGAAAAUAUAAAAUGAAUUCGCAGCCGGCCCCACGUUACAAAAUAUUUAAAUAGGUCACUUGUUCUCUUAUCCGACAUUUUUGUUUGUACAUUGUAGUUCUAAACAAAGAAAUGUUUCAAUAAUUUCCCAAAAUCUUAUAUCCGUCAAGUUCUUGUAAGUUUAUGUUUGAAGAUAGGAAAAGUGUCUAAUUGAUUAUCAUUGUUUGGUUAUGCUCCGUUAGCCGAAAACUACAUGAACAGUAGGCCUCGAUGUAUUGCACGUGAAUAAUUAUAACAGAUUGCUGAUUCUUAUUUUUGCUGCCCUUAAGUUGUGUGUGCUUUAAGUUUAAUUUUGCAGUGAGAUAGAUCGUUGAUUUGAAUUGUAUAAACUUUUUGUCAUUAUGUUGUAGGCUCGAUCAUUGUUCUGGCUCCGUUCAAAUAAAAAUUGCUGCCAGUAGCGAAGAGUG